AUAUCCUCUCAUCUAUAUCAGCUAAAGCCGGAGGGGAGGAGAAUGAGUAGUUACUCCCAGUGAGUAACAGUAGCCCCAAAGAAUGCACAAGUUUCCAUAACCGAGGGAUGCGCUGAACAGUGGAUCUGUCUUCCAGGCAGCUGUUCCAUUAGCGUUCUUCCACUUGGGACAAAAUUUGCAGGCUUUCUGUUUCCAUUGAAGAGCCUUUGAAAGAAGUACACUCUCCUUGUCUGAAGGAUUUCUUCAAUCGUCAUGAAGACGUUUUGGACAAUGCUAUGUUUCAUUGUAUACGUGAACAUCGACAUCAGUGGGCCUUCUGUCCUGGCCCUGACCAACUCACAGUCUUCAGACAACUCAGAAAAUACUGCACCAGACUCUAUGAAAGAUGGGAUUCCCCCAGAGAAGCUGGAGGAGCUGCUGUGGUUUUUCCGGAGAGAAGACCCAUCGACGUGGAGCUACUGCAUUCUAGGCCUUUCGUUUCUGGUUCUGGUGAUCGGUGUUGCCCUCCUGGGAGCAAAUAUCAGGGCGAACAGGGCCCGGAAAAUCUCGCUCCUGGCUAAAGAAGAAUACAGAGUUGUCCAGCCUGCGGAGACAGAAAUGAAGCAAGCAUUUGUGCUUCUGAAAGAGGAAAGCAACCCCGAUCCUCUGGCAGACAGUUUGCUUCCUGCAACGGAGAAUGCAGGACAGGUGACGAUCCAGUGGAAGGAUGGGAAUGUCACAACCCUAUAUGAAGACAAGGCUGAAGCGGAUAUAUAACAACAUAUUUCAGUGGAAAGCUGAAUGACUGCCUUCAUUCUUGAAAAUCUAUUUAAAAAGCAAAAGGUCAUCUACUGGAACCAAAGGGUCAGCAUUCGCUAUGAUGCAGGGGCCUGCCUCCCCUCUUCUCCAAACAGUAGGGUCAAGUCUGCAAAAGCCCAUGCUACCAACUUCUUUCUUUCAGUUAGUCUCAAAGGUGCUACAAGAUCCCUUUGCAGACUGAUUUUCCAGACUAACACGGCUAUGUCUUUGAAAUCAUACCAACCCUGUUCUAAUUUUUAAAAUGUUAAAACAAGACAACACACCAUAUUGUGUUGACUUCUUGUGAAACCUAUGGGUUGAGAACCUCAGCUGGAGAGAAUUACUGCCCAAGAAUAAGGAUCAAGCGAGUCUGCAUUAAAAACAAAACAUAGCUGUGGCACAUUUUGUAUUCUUUUAUUGGCACAGUUUCCCCUAAGAAUCUUAGGAAUUAAACUUUGAAGCCGGUGCUGAGAUUUCUCCCUGAAAGAACCCUGUUCUCCCUCCAUUUCCUAGGAUUUCCGAGAAAAUGGGGAGAUGAGGGGGGAAACCUUUGAGUUUUAAAUCUGUGGCAUCGGUUGGUAUUCCCCACAUCUUCCAGGGUAUCAUUGAUGUCCAACUCAGCACGAGUGAUUCUGAACACAGAUAUAGAAAUGGCGCAUAAUUCAUUGUAAUGAGUCUGUGGCUAUGGGAGCUUUUGUGUACGAUGCAAGUUAUUUCAGGAUCCUCGGCUGGAAUAAAUCAAAAAGUCUUUGUAACCGAGAUGGAAAAUUGCUCUUGGGCCAACAAGAGAUGGUCCCACAGCUGGCUUUCCCAAGGUUUCUUUUAUUAAAACAUUUUCCACAGCA